AUGGCGGCCUCCAUCGCCCUCUUUUGGCUGGCAAUCUGUCGCCUGAAUCACGGUGGCCUCAGUCUCUAAUCAUUUUGUUUCAUCAGGCCGAUAUCAAGGUGUCGCAGCAUGGCUAGCCGCGAGCGGCUCCAGCAGUGGCUCAACAAGAGCAUGAAGAUAGAGAUGAGCGACGGCAGGACCCUGAUCGGCACGUUUCUCUGCACAGACAGGGAUCAAAAUGUCAUCCUCGGGUCGUGCUCGGAGUUCCUCAAGCCCGAAGAAAACGGUACCACAGUGGAGCCAAGGAUUCUAGGACUUGCCAUGGUUCCAGGACAGCACAUCAUGUCUAUCCACAUCGACGACACCAGCCAGGGCUACUGCGACAGCAAGGGGCCACUGUGACACCGUUCCAACUGAAGAGAGGGCAAUUUGUUGUACAUCGAGGCAUGAGAAUGCUCAAUCCACACAGUGGACUUAAAUUAUGUAAUAAACAUUGUUCAUCAUACAAGGAA